AUGAUUGUUUAUGGUCGGGGAUUAAAAGUCCCACGAGAUCGGUUUAAUACAUUCCUUUCUCCGUAUGACGUGGAUCCUCUUCUAGGGAGUCUACUUCAGGAUUCCGACGAGGAAGAAAUUGCCACCGUUUUCAGAAACAAGGGGAUCGACUGGAAGUUCCGGAUUUUUCUUCCAUACACCCGCAAUUAUGAACACUCGCCAUGGAUCUACAUCUUUGAUAGCUGGGUUUUUGUUUUCACCCAGAAGAGAGUUGGCGGGGAGCUAAAUACGCCCAUCCCAUCUUCUUUGGAGGCUCUCCGCCAGCUUCUCUCCGUCGAAUCUCCUGUUGACGACCCCCGAUCACCUGUGAUUCAUGUGACCAGGUCUUCACGUCCGAACCCUUUUUCGCCUGGCGAGAGCGCCAGAAGCACCGCAGAGAACUUCAUGGGUCGACCGAAGGAGAAGCCCCUCUACCUGACGAUUGUUGAGUGCCUUAAAUAUGCAGAUUCUUUCUCGUGGCAGGUUUAA